GUGAAGGUAGGGGUGGGGAAGCCCCAAGGCGCUGCCGCAGCUCUCCUUGCCGUCUGUCAGGCGGGACAAGACAGGGCAGGGUUGGGGACAGCUGGUGUACAUUCAGACCCUCAGUACUUUGCUAUCGCACUGCCGGGGCCCCGGAUCCGCAGAAAGUCUCUGGCAACCCCUGCCGCUGGGGUUGGGCAAAGCCAGGACUGCGCCGCCCCCCGCGGGGAUAUGGAGCUGCUGUCGCCGCCGCUGCGCGAUGUAGACUUGACGGGCCCCGACAGCUCUCUCUGCAAUUUUGCAACAGCGGAUGACUUCUAUGAUGACCCGUGUUUUGACUCCCCGGACCUGCGCUUCUUCGAGGACCUGGACCCGCGCCUCGUGCACGUGGGCGCGCUCCUGAAGCCAGAGGAACACUCUCAUUUCCCUGCGGCCGCGCACUCGGCUCCGGGCGCUAGAGAGGACGAGCAUGUGCGCGCGCCCAGCGGGCACCACCAGGCGGGUCGCUGUCUACUGUGGGCCUGCAAGGCGUGCAAACGCAAGACCACUAACGCUGACCGCCGCAAGGCAGCCACCAUGCGCGAGCGGCGCCGCCUGAGCAAAGUCAACGAGGCCUUUGAGACGCUCAAGCGCUGCACGUCUAGCAACCCGAACCAGCGGCUGCCCAAAGUGGAGAUCCUGCGCAAUGCCAUCCGUUAUAUCGAGGGCCUGCAGGCGCUGCUUCGCGACCAGGACGCCGCGCCCCCUGGCCCCGCAGCUGCCUUUUACGCGCCUGGCCCGCUGCCCCCAGGCCGCGGCGGGGAGCAUUACAGCGGCGACUCUGAUGCGUCCAGCCCGCGCUCCAACUGCUCCGACGGCAUGAUGGACUACAGCGGCCCCCCGAGCGGUGCCCGGCGGCGGAACUGCUACGACGGCACCUACUACAGCGAGGCGCCCAGCGAACCCCGGCCCGGGAAGAGUGCUGCGGUGUCGAGCCUCGAC